CCAUACCAUUCUGCUCCGUGAUAAAACCACGGCCACGGCGCCGAAUGGGAUCCGCUAUGCCGUGGAAAGCGUCUGCUAGGGUUAGGCUAACACCACUAAACUUCAAAAUAACAUUUAUUUUGGGAGCGUGAACGAAUCCCUUUAGACAUAAUGACAUUAAUCCGUCAGUGCUGUUGCAGUAGUGCUCGAAUUUUACGCCUAGCUACGAUUACUAAACGGAGUGUUAUUCCAUUAAGGUUGCUUGCGAAUUAUGUCCAAACACUGAAUUCUCAAUCGACUCAUAUACACAACCAAGGAUUUAGCACUUGCUCUGUUUGUAAUUCUUUCUUUAAUCGUUCGAGUUUUUCUGAUAAAACCAAAGAGUACAGAGGAAGAAAAUUAGUUGGAUUUUCCAUGGAUCAGAUGUAUAAUGUAGUGUCUGAUGUUGAAAAUUACAAAAAUUUUGUUCCCUUUUGCAAACGUUCAGAUGUGACGGUUAGAAAAUCUGGAUUUUUGAAAGGAGAACUCAGUAUAGGAUUUCCUCCCAUAACUGAAAGUUACGUGUCAGCAGUGACUCUUAUCCGCCCUCGACUGGUCAAGGCUGAAUGCACUGAAGGUCACUUGUUUGAUCAUCUAACCACUGUUUGGAAAUUUAGCCCUGGUCUUAGUACUGAACCACAGUCUUGUGUCAUUGAUUUUCAUGUGUCCUUCAGUUUUCGAUCAGCCUUUCACUCUCAAUUGGCUCAUGUAUUUUUCAACGAGCUUGUGAGACAAAUGGAACGGGCUUUCUUUACAGAAGCUGAGCAACGCUUUGGGAAACCUUCAAUCCACACCCUCAAGCUAGAAGUAAAGAAAAAUGGUGAUAGCCAAUGAUAAGUAUUCAGGCUUGUAACAGACACAAGCUUUGACAAGCAAAUGUAAAUAAUUAAUUAUUGUUGAAUUCCUACCCCAACUCAUAUUAACAAGUUCUCCAAUUAUUUUGAUGAGUUGCCUAUUUUCUCACUAAUGUUUCGCUCUAAUAAUAACAUGGAGUUUUAAAACAUUUAAUGAUGGGUAGUAAUUUCUGGAGGCUAAUGUCCAAUAAUAAUAUGAAAUGUUGUACACAAAAGUUAUUUAUUCUGAUAAGCAAACAACUGUUAUCUUCUUUCUCUUGAAUUGAGAACCGCUUGCAUGUUGCUAAAAUGAAUUUGACCAAUUUAUGAUAAAUAUAUUUUAUGAAAAGUUAA